GGCCGCGUCUUCCCGGAGGCGGCUGCUGGAAGCCGCGGGGAGCAGCUGUGGUGCUCUGCCAUAUUGUGUCUCCCCCCCACUUGUCUGUCUCUCGCCACCCCGCCGCGGCGGCCGAGCUGACGCACUGUAAGAGUAAAUGGGUCCAGUAAUUGGAAUGACCUCAGAUAAAAGAGCUGAAACGCCAGGAGCUGAAAAAGUUUCAGGCUUAAGCCAGAUUUACAAGAUGGGAAGUUUGCCUGAAGCUGUAGAUGCUGCCAGGCCAAAGGCAACCCUAGUGGACAGUGAGGCAGCUGAUGAUGAACUGACAAACUUGAAUUGGCUUCAUGAAAGUACUAAUCUUCUAACAAACUUCAGCCUUGGAAAUGAGGGUCUUCCGAUUGUUAGUCCACUAUAUGACAUUGAGGGAGAUGACGUGCCAUCCUUUGGACCUUCUUGCUACCAGAACCCAGAAAAAAAAUCGGCAACCUCAAAGCCCCCAUACUCCUUCAGUCUUCUCAUUUAUAUGGCUAUUGAACACUCUCCAAAUAAAUGUUUGCCUGUCAAAGAAAUUUAUAACUGGAUUCUGGACCGCUUCCCAUAUUUUGCUACUGCACCAACAGGCUGGAAGAAUUCUGUUCGACAUAAUCUGUCCCUGAAUAAAUGUUUUCAGAAAGUGGAAAGAAGCCAUGGAAAGGUUAAUGGAAAAGGUUCCUUAUGGUGUGUUGAUCCAGAAUAUAAACCUAAUCUUAUGCAGGCACUGAAGAAGCAACCUUAUCCCUCAACACCAGUAUCUUACACUUCUCCUGCAUCUCCACAAAGUGAUUCUUUAUCGCCUCACUACUUAAACUCUGUACUCAAGCAGAACCAAGUGCAAACCCUCAAAGAAUCUGAUAUUGAUGCUGCCACUGCAAUGAUGCUGUUGAAUACGUCUAUAAAACAAGGAAUUUUAGAAUGUGAGAAACCACUUCCUCUUAAGACGUCACUGCAAAAGAAGAGGAGUUAUGGGAAAGCAUUUAAUCAUCCCAGUGUUAUACGAUUACAGGAGAGUGAUUCUUUAGCCACCAGCAUUGAUCCAAAAGAAGAUCACAAUUACAGUGCAAGUAGCAUGGCAGCACAGCGUUGUGCAUCCCGGUCUAGCGUAUCCUCCUUGUCAUCUGUGGAUGAGGUAUAUGAAUUUAUCCCAAAGAAUAGCCAUGUGGGAAGUGACGGCAGUGAAGGAUUUCACAGUGAAGAAGAUACAGACGUUGAUUACGAAGAUGAUCCUCUUAGAGACAGUGGCUUUGCAUCACAGCCUUGUGCAAAUACCUCUGGAAAAGGGCAACCAGGGAAAAAGAAGCGAGAGCAGUCGUGUCAAGAAAUUGAUGAGGAGCUCAAAGAGGCAGCUGGAUCUCUGCUCCACCUUGCAGGAAUCCGUACCUGUUUAGGCUCCCUGAUAAGUACUGCAAAGACACAAAAUCAAAAGCAGCGGAAAAAAUAGAAAUACUUGUUUUUGUAAAAAUUGUUUUCAAGUGUGGCAAUACUCUUCUACUUCAUUCUUUACAAGGGAUAUCAAAGCCAUAAUGGACCUUUAGUGUCAGGGUAGAAGAGGGAUGCUAAUUAUUUGUUUAUUUUCAAAUGUUUUGGGUUUUUUUUUUUUUCGUUUUUAUUACACAAUUGCUAUUAGGAUCAUGCCCAAUGCUAAAUACAUAAAUCCUAAAAGCAUAAUUUUUGUGAUUAAACUCUCAAAGAUUAGGGAAUUUUUAUAUAAGGAAAUUCUAAAAUUUUCAGCCACUGUCAUAAACUCAUGCUAAAAAUAUUUUCUUCUGUUAAGAUCUUAAAAUGUAAGAUUUGGUAGCUCUAUAAAACUUUUCAAAUUUUAUUUUUUUAGAU